CGCCGAGUCCUCUCACGGAACAACGACUAACGGAUCUAUAACCAACGGUUCAGCGACUAUUAUUAUUAUUAUUAUCGUCAUCAUUAAAACUCCAACACUUCAUUUGUUUAUACCGGACUCGUGGAUUAAUAUCUCACUGUAUUUUCUGAGGACAUUUGGGCUCUAAUUAAUCAUUGGGUUCAACACGAGCAUCUGCACCGUGAUCAUGCUUCUGGAGCGCGAGGACAGCUUCCUGUCGGAGUUGGAGGGCGCGUGCAGCGCCUGGGUGGACAGCGUGGGCUCCAGCCUCGGGGACCACAGUGAAUGUGACACGAGCUCGCCCUUCUCCCAAGCCUUCUCCCCGGGGACCGACGCCUCCGACUCGGACUUCUUCUCCGACCUCAGCGACUGCUCCUCGGACACCCUCUCCCCGUCACUCGCCUCCUCCGCGGCCUUCUUCGCCUCCUCCGAGCCGGCGGCGGAGCUGAGCAGCAGCGCGGACGCCAUCCUCAACAUGAUCACCGAGAUAGUGGGCGUCUGCAGCGAGCUCGAGCAUCAUCCCGCCUCCUCUCCGCCAUCACUCCAACCGACAUGCGUGCCCGCGGGCUACGGCAGCGUUGCCGACCCCGGCCCCUGCGCGUCCUCCCCCGGGUCCCCCCCGGCCCUGCUGGUGGUAAAGAGCGAGUUCCAGGCCUCCAGCUGCGGCGGCGGCAGUGGCUGCGUGCAGCUCCCGGGGACCGGCUAUACCGGGCUGCCGUCCGCCACCGAGCCGCUGCUCCCGCUCUCGGCGCUCGAGCAACAGGUGGACGUGGCGGAGUUUCUGGAGUCGCUGGUCGGGAGCGAGGCGGCCGCGGGAGACGUUCCGUCCCUGGCUCAAGAGAUCAAACAGGAGCCGCUGGCCCUGGAGGAGUGGCUGAAGAGUCUGAUGUCAGUCCCCGGCGUGAACGGAGGAGACUCCGCUGACUACGUCAUUAACCGACCCGUCAUCAAGACGGAGCCCACGCCCUGCGGCCUCGCGCUGUCCCUCCCGCCCGCCGCCCUCCCCUUCACCCUUGACGCCUUCCUCCUUUCCUCCCUCCUGCCCGGCGCGUUCCCGAUGCCGAACAUCGUCAACGCGCAGACCGCGGGGGCCGCCAAGGUCUCGGGCAGAGCCAGGAAAGCCACGAGCGCCGUCAAGGUGAAGCCGUUCCCGUGCUGCGUGCAGGGCUGCGAGCGCCGCUUCUCCCGCUCGGACGAGCUCAACCGCCACGUGCGCAUUCACACCGGACAGAAGCCGUUCCAGUGCACGAUAUGCGCGCGCAGCUUCAGCCGCAGCGACCACCUCACCACGCACACGCGCACGCACACGGGGGAGAAGCCAUUCUCGUGCGACGUCUGCGGCAAGCGCUUCGCUCGCAGCGACGAGAAGAAAAGGCACGGGCGCGUGCACGUCAAGCAGCAACUGCGCGCACAGAUGAUGGCCGCGUACUCGAUGGCGUUCAGCGCGCCCGGGGGCGUCUAAACGGACUAGGCUCGAGGAGUCGGUCGUUCAAAAGAUUAAGACGUCAGCUGAUUGGCUGUUUGAAAAAGAGGCGCGUCCGCGCGUUUUCACGCGGAGUUUGAAAGGCCCGCGGAUGAAACUCUGGUCCACGAGCACGUCUCCGACGACCCGCACGGACACGGUUAAAGAGACGGGUUGGUUGGCGGGAGUUCUGGUGGGGGGGGGGUGGGGGUGACGUCAUGGGUCCCCAUCAGCACCAAGGACAGCGCAGUGGAUUCUUGGGUCAGAGAGGCGGCGGGUGAUUGUAGAUAAACUAACUCACUGCUGUUGACUGUAAUCGCUGUUUGACGUUAACGCAUGAUGACGUGUUCAAAGAUGUUCCAACACGUGGAUACUGACGUCAGAAUGUUGUACAAUUUCUGUGAUUUUUGCUCGAGAUCUCAAGUGAAGAAUGUAGUUUUAUGUCCUGUGUCAAUUUAUAUUCCCACCGCUGCGAUACACUUUGUAGGAAUAUUUUUAUAGACCCUGGCUACCUCUUGAAGUAUAAGAUUGUUUAACACUCAGAAUGUAUAUUUCUACAACUUGACUUAUUUGUACAGAGAUUUCAUUUUUCUACAAACCCAUUGUGGAAAUUAUGGAAAUUAUUCUAAAAAUAUUUUAUUAUAAAUUAUUUCAGCACGGCUGAAAUCAAAGUGAAGACAUGUAUGUUAUAUUUGAAGAGUAUAAUAAUGAUUUAUUUAUUAUAAUUAUCAUUAUUGUUAUUAUUAUGAUUCUAAAAUGGCCGCCAUGUCUGGACUGUUGGACUUAACACCUAAACUCAGCUCUGAGUUGAGCUGUGACGUAGCACACAUUGCUGUGCAUCUUAAUGACAAUCUUAGUAGCCAUCAUUCUGCAUGGAUAUAUUAUUAUAUAUUGGUCGAUGUGGUUCUCUUCUCUUUUCAUUUCUCAAC